AUGAAUAAUACACAGACAAAUUCCAAUAAAAUAUUAACCUCUGAAUAUCUGGAUUGGUAUGCCAAAUUAACUGGUUUACCAAAUAUUUUGACAGAUAAAAUCUGUUCCAAGUUAUAUAAAAGAUAUAAGAAAGAAACUGGGCUCGAUCCCUGGAUAAAUCCCAAAAUGAAGAUAAGUGUAUCAAACAAAACCCAAGAGGCAGAGCCUUAUUAUUCCCAUAAUUUCCCAAUUUCUAGGACUAAUCCAAAUAAAAUGGAAUGUCUUUAUAAAUAUGCCAUUGAACAUGGAGAGGAUCCUGAUAAAUUUUCGAUCAUUACUGAGGCUGAGAAAAAUAGGUGGGCCAUGAGAUGCUUCCGUGAUGACUUGGAAAGAGAUAUACACUACUAUCAUAGUGCAAUAGAAAUAAAGGAAGAUCCUAGAAAAUAUCAUAAAUUUUUAACUGAUCGAGAUAGGCUGAUUGGUGAAGAAUUAUUACGUCGCAACAUUCUAAAGAGUGAAAUGCCACUAAUACAAGAGAUAAUUGAAGGGUUCUUCAAGGAUAAAUCGACAUGGUCUCUGUUUGCCUUUCUUCAAUACAGAGAGAAGGAAUAUGAUUUUACGUACGAUAGAAAACAAGAACAUAAGUUGUACAAGAAAUCUUUAGAGUUGCAUUAUGUCAGACGUGCACUGAAUGACACAAAUGGUGAAAUGCACAAUAUACAUGCUAUAAUGACUGACAAAACGAUAAGAACAUUAAAACAUGGAUUAGAAGGUCAAGUUGAAAAAUCUGAAAGUUGUAAAAGCCAAGAUCAAGAAGAGAUACAGAUGCAUAUAGCUGAAGAGAUGGCCCACAUGAAUUUCACUAGUGAAGAAUGGCAGAUGAUAAUUCAAACAAACCCAUAUACAAUCAAUGAGCCAGUGGUACCAGCUCCAGUAUCUAAUGCUUUACAUGAGGCUGUAAUAAAACAUUCUUCAGGCCAGGACAGUUACAUGCAUCCAGAUGAACCUCCAUUAAGCAGAACAUCUUCACAAAACUUCAAUGGGUUGUAG